UUUGUGGCUUCGCUCCUCCCGCCCACCCAAAAAAAAAAGGCGAAGAGCGAAGUUUGUCCCUUUAUUCCCUUUAUCGCUCCCUUAACGUCCAAGCUGAUCCCUCCUCUAGUGCGCUGCGACCGAGCACAGGCCUUGAAUGUCGCCCACCAAGCCAGAGGAAGACCCUGCCACGAUGGCCAUAGAUGUCAGUCCAACGCCGGCUACUCCUACCAUUGACCUUGUUCCUGCUGCCGACCCAUUACCUUCUGCAAGCGAUGCUUCCACUUCCUUUCUUUCUAAGCCAGCACCCGUACUCUCUGCCUCCGAAUCGUCUUCUACACCCUCUUCUACUUCAAUAACUACGCCCGCUCAGCAGUCUGAUUCCUCAGCACAGAUCCAGGCGCGAACGUCAGGGCAGGAGCAAACCCAGGCAUCAGCAACGCCAGCCAGCCCUGUAGUGGGCGGAAACAACAACAGCAUCACCACAACUUCGACAAGAACCACCCAUGGACCCAUCACAACAAGUGUGCUAGAUAGAGGACCCCUGGGACUAACAUUGGAUGAGGAGCAGUGGGUCAAAGAUAAGAUGGAGUACGCAUUAUACGACUUCCAGGUUUUGGCAUUGGCAAUCAAGCGAUACAAGUGGCAAUUGGAUCAGGUUCCGCGAGAUGUCAGUCGACUGCAGAGUUUAAAGAAAAUGCACAUGAGCGACCCGCUCGAGUUUCUUCGUCAGAUCAAGAACAAGGAGUUCCGCUAUCCCGAAGGGCAAAGGACGCUUCCAGCACCCUCAAUCGAAUGGGCUAAAUAUCAGUUCCCUCCAGCAAAUCCCGUUGUUCCCACGAGAACUCAGCGUGCGACCUUCCUGAGUUCUGUAUCGUUCACAAACAACCGUGACAAGACCAAUACUAGUGUCGUUUCAAUUGCGCAAAGUAAUAACCGAUUAAGAGCAGAAUCACCAUCUAACGACCGUAUGCGUGCAGUCAAGGAGACAGCGAGAAGCUUGGGAAUUAACAUUGUUCACCAUCAUCAACCAACGUAUCACCAUCAUCAUUUCAAUCAGGACGCUGGAACCACGUCAGACCGGAUAGAGGCGAAUGGAACCGAAGACCGAUAUUCGAGAGACAUUAGGGAGCCAUCUAGGCGAACAUCACAGGAGGUGGGCCAGUUGGGACAAAGCUAUAAUUCAUUUGCAGGGGCGGGGGAUCGGGGUAGCAAUGAUAUGGAGGGUAUCAUCUAUGCCAGACAAGGAAACGAAACAGUGGGAGAUCGCACAGGAAGCACAUCGUAUUCUGUACAGACGAGCCAUCAGUUACCAGCGCCGCAACCGUCAUUUGACCACAAACCGAUCGACUCAACCCCCAUGGCGGCCCCUCAAAACCACACUAUCGACCACAGUCGUGGCUAUACCCCUAUCCAGUCUAGCGACAUUGGUGCCAACAGUAACAUCACCUACAAUCACAUGAGCGGUAGUGUCGAUAUUCAACCCAACAACACCGCAAGGCCUCGAGGUUCUUCACGGGAGGGAAGUGGAGUUCGCGACGAUCCUAAACCACCACUGUAUAACAUUCCCUGGAGUGAUGAGGAGCAACAGCUGUUGGAGAAACUGCUGGAGGUCUAUCCGGAUGAACCUGUGGCGGCGCAACGGUUCCAAAAGAUCUCGGCUGCAAUGGGAACGAGAACGCCCAAGCAAGUGGCAAGUCGAGUGCAAAAGUAUUUCAUCAAGCUGGUCAAAGCUGGACUUGAGGCACCUGGACGUAUGAACUACUCGCUGGAGACGUCGAAACCCAAGAGCAAGGGAGUGUCUGCAACUGCCAAGGGAAAGAAACGGAAAGAAGGUCCUGCGGGUACCGUGCCCGGCGAAGGAGCUGCUUCGAAGAGCAAGGCAGCUCGACCCAGGAAGAACGAGGCGAGCAUGGAAGCAGGACGGUCCGGAUCAGGGGCGGGAGCAAAAAGGAAACAAAAGGCCAAAUCGCUUUUGGGGAGCGGAUUUGGAAGGACUUCAGGAACACAGUAUUUGAACUACUCUUCUGCGCCAACUGUAUAUAUGAGCGAGGCGGAUGACGAAGAUAGUGUCCAGGACAUGCUGGCGGUCAGCAGCAAUGGUGUCGGCAGUAAUGGUCCGAUGAGCAGUUCACGAAGAGAAAGCGCUGAUAAUGGGGUCGCUACUCACUUGGGCUACUCUUGCGACUCCUGUGGAGUGGAACCAAUUCUUGGGAUUAGAUACUCUUGCAUUGACUGCGAGGAGCUUGGAGGCACGGAUUUGUGUGGAUUGUGCUACAAUUCUGGGCAGUACCAUAACGAACUCCAUCUGCUGUCACAUCGCUUUCAGGCCAUCGAAAGCGCCGAUGUACCGGCGUAUAGUCACGACUACAGAGUCUCAAUUGCGGGACCAAGUGGGACCAAUACCAUCCACCACCCAUGAAAAUAAAUAAAAGAAAAUGAUCUCUCUCGCGCAAUCAAUGGUGUGGAUUGGACUUCUCGUGCAAUCUGCCCUCAAGUAGGG